UGCAGCCUUGGGGAAGGUCACCUGGUCAAGCUUCAUUAGCACUUCAAUGAUCCCGGCAGCUUUGCUCUCCUCUCUCUCUGCAAACCACCAGUCACAUGUGGUCUGAUUACUUGUUCUCAUUUUGACCUCAUUGCAGCUGAAGUCACUGGAUUUCUAUUCUCCAGAUUGUUUUCUCUUUCCCCCCCCCAGAGCUCCAUACAUAGUCUACAUGGCAGAAAACAAGCCUUACCGUUAUGGGCUUAUCGUCCUGGGGCUGGUGCUGGUGGCACUGGGAGUCUUCUUGGUGGCUGUGGAGGAGCCUCAAGUGUUUGUCACUUUCUGUACAAUGGGGGCGCUGAUGGUGAGCAUUGGGACAAUUUGGAGCAUGUGCCAGUGCUACCCACGGGUAACAUUCAUCCUGCAAGAACGGGAAGUGUUAGGAAGCAGUGAGAAACAGGAGCUGUGUGCUGAAGUCAAAGUCCUACAGGUCAGUGACAGUUCGGAUGAACCCGUCAGGGCUCCUCUGGCUGUUUUCAGUCAGAUAGAGGAUGUCGAAAAGGAUGAAAUCCUCUCACUAUCCGAGACAGAAAAAUCUCCUGAGAUCACUGGCAUCGCCCAGAGCUCUCCCAGCAUGCACCAGGCCUGCUCGAGUACCUCUCUUCCAGACAACAGGGCUGCACAACCUGAUACUGAUCUCUACUAUGGGGAGGUGGAUGAUCCCAGCUUCUUAAAAACAGAGCUGGAUAGUGAAUAAAAGUCUGAAAUGCUUUUUAACUCAGGGGUCAUAAAUGCAGAAUGGGUAGUGCACUGGUUGCAGUACAUCCUGGUUAUGAGACACACAAAUGCCUCAUUCCACUCUGAUACUCACUCACACAUACACAUUACCAACUGUGAUUCACAUUUCCAUGGAGACAGGAGUACAGUUAAAGGGGAUAAAAGGAGGAAGUGGUGAGAGAAGGAGCUAGUAAAUAUUUAAACUUUAUGUUCGGGUCAUGAAUACGGCUUUGUAUCACAGUCAACAGCUUUACAAUGGCAGCAGCUGCCAAAAUGUUUUCUUCAAUCAAGUGUGCUGGGGAAGACAACAAAAAGAGCAAUAUGACGAAUAAAAUGGUUAAACAAGACGUGUGCAGGACUAGUGUCUGAUAUGUAGAGUUGUUAUGAGGCAAGUACAUUUAGAUUAAUGUUCAGGUUCAGCUGUGUUUAUACCAUCAGCCAUCCAACAAACGUGACGACCCUGGAUAGACGUCCUGCUGCAACGCUGUGAAAAUAACCAGACAUAGUCAUUGCUUUAUAAGGAGAACAUGCACAUGCACACAGGGUUUACUGAACGAUUACGGUGCAUAUCAACCCAUUCAGGUGUCAGUAUAGUGCAACUCAGAAAUCCACUCACUCAAACAUAGUUUAGUGUAAUUGUCAUUUUCCUCAACAUUGAGCUAUUUUAUUAUCUGUUAUCAUUCAAAGUUGUAAUGCGAAGUGGUUUACAAUCAUUUCAGCAGAUUUCCAACGAUUUUCAUCUCAGAUUUGUUUUCUGAACUCAAAACCCAGUUUAACAUAACACAACGCAGUCUUCAUAACAGAUCUGCAGAAGGCAGCAUCGGACUAUAUUUAAUAGGAGAAUUUCUGCAGGACAGACAGGAGCUGGGAUUAACUUUCACUCAGACGAAUAAGAGCCAUUUCUGGAGAUACGGGAAAAUAGUCUAAGCUGUUUAGCUGUUUGAUCUCAUAGAACCCUGUAAUAUUUCCAGAUGCAAUGUAUUCAUUUCACAGACGCUUUUAUCCAAAUCUACUUACAAAUGGGUCAGAAUGCAGUCCAAGACUAAAUCUGUAGCUAACUGUGAUACAAGUGCUGCACAACUAAGUUUCCACUGAUUGACCAGAAAAAAAGAAAUGGUGCAAAAGUAGGAGAGAGACGCUUCACAAACUUCACGUGAACUUUUCACAUGUAGUACACGUGAUCUUAUAUUUCCACACGUU